CCAACUCCAUCAUUUAUCUAAUAAACCCUAAGCCUCUCCCCUCUCUCACACUAUUCGUUUGCACUACUAACCACUUCCUUAUCCACACCAAUCCAGAACGUUCCUCUACAACAACAACAACAAAAAAAAAAAAGCUUUUGUUCUGAAAAAAUGGCUUCUGCUAACGCUCUCUCUUCAGCCUCCGUCCUCUGUUCUUCCCGUCAGAGUAAGUUGGGAGGAGGAAGUCAGCAGCAAGGUCAGAGAGUAAGCUACAACAAGAGGGCAAACAGACGUUUUAGUGUUAGAGCAAAUGUAAAGGAGAUUGCUUUUGACCAGCACUCUAGAGCUGCUCUUCAAGCUGGUAUUGACAAGCUUGCUGAUUGUGUUGGUCUCACUCUUGGACCUAGAGGGAGGAAUGUUGUGUUGGAUGAAUUUGGAAGUCCUAAAGUGGUGAAUGAUGGAGUCACCAUUGCAAGGGCUAUUGAGUUACCUGAUGCCAUGGAAAACGCUGGUGCAGCUCUUAUUCGUGAGGUUGCGAGUAAGACUAAUGACUCGGCUGGUGAUGGGACGACCACUGCGUCUAUCCUUGCUCGGGAGAUCAUUAAACACGGAUUGUUGAGCGUCACUUCUGGUGCGAAUCCCGUUUCCCUCAAGAGAGGAAUUGAUAAGACUGUGCUAGGUCUGAUCGAAGAGCUUCAGAAGAAAGCUAGGCCUGUGAAAGGUCGUGAUGACAUCAAAGCUGUUGCUUCUAUCUCUGCUGGAAAUGAUGACCUUAUAGGGUCAAUGAUUGCUGAUGCCAUUGACAAAGUUGGACCUGAUGGUGUUUUGUCCAUUGAAUCUUCAUCCUCUUUCGAGACCACUGUUGAAGUUGAAGAAGGGAUGGAGAUUGACAGAGGUUACAUCUCGCCUCAGUUUGUUACAAACCCUGAGAAACUACUAGCUGAGUUUGAGAACGCCAGGGUUUUGAUCACUGAUCAGAAGAUCACUGCAAUCAAAGACAUCAUCCCUAUUUUAGAGAAGACCACUCAGCUUCGAGCUCCAUUGUUGAUUAUUGCAGAGGAUGUUACUGGUGAAGCCUUAGCUACCCUUGUCGUGAACAAGCUCCGUGGUGUCCUUAACGUCGUUGCCGUUAAAGCUCCAGGAUUUGGAGAAAGAAGAAAAGCCAUGCUUCAAGAUAUUGCAAUCUUGACAGGAGCUGAGUACCUAGCCAGUGACAUGAGCUUGCUGGUUGAAAAUGCAACCAUAGAUCAAUUGGGUAUUGCCCGUAAAGUGACGAUUAGCAAAGACUCGACUACCCUCAUUGCAGAUGCAGCUUCCAAGGACGAGUUACAAGCUCGGAUUGCUCAGCUGAAGAAAGAAUUAUUCGAGACUGAUUCAGUAUAUGACUCAGAGAAGCUCGCUGAGAGAAUCGCUAAGCUAUCUGGUGGUGUUGCUGUCAUUAAAGUCGGUGCAGCAACCGAAACUGAGCUUGAAGACCGUAAGCUCCGUAUCGAGGAUGCAAAGAACGCAACAUUUGCUGCUAUUGAGGAAGGUAUAGUUCCAGGUGGUGGUGCUACUUUGGUCCAUCUCUCCACUGCUAUUCCCGCCAUUAAGGAGACCUUUGAGGAUGCUGAUGAACGUUUGGGAGCUGAUAUAGUACAAAAGGCAUUGGUGGCACCAGCUGCACUUAUUGCACAGAAUGCUGGAAUCGAAGGAGAGGUUGUUGUCGAAAAGAUUAUGUUCAGCGAAUGGGAGCUUGGGUACAACGCAAUGACUGAUACAUACGAGAAUCUGUUGGAAGCUGGAGUGAUUGAUCCGGCGAAAGUGACAAGAUGUGCUCUACAGAACGCUGCUUCCGUAGCAGGAAUGGUACUGACCACUCAGGCCAUUGUUGUCGACAAACCAAAACCCAAGGCUCCUGCUGCUGCUGCUCCUGAGGGUCUCAUGGUGUAAUCAUAAACACAAGCACCCACCUUAUCAUCACAAUGGUUUUUGCACAUUUGUCAUCCCCAUUUAUCUGCAAUUUUUUUUUUAUUUUUUGGGGGAAUGAGUUAGUUUGUUACAAUAACGAGAAAUAAUUAUCUUUUUUUGUCCAAGGAUUUUUCUGAUUUGUUGUUAGUGUUACAAAGGAAGUAGCAGAAAUAAAACUUGGACAUUCAAAAGAGUUAGAAUGAUUCUGGACAA